AAUUGCUUUCGAAGUAAAUCGAAAUUCCAAAUUUUGUUCCUUUUAGUAUAAGAUUUCACCUCGUUGGCUUUUGACCUCAGAAUUUGGAAAGGAAGGACGGAGUACAGAGAUGGAGCUUACUGGAUGGGUGAAAAAUUACGAAUGGGGACGCCAGGGCAUUAGUUCGGCUGUAGCCCAACUGGCCAUGGCCAAUGAUCCUGACUUUACGCUGGACGAUGAGGAGACCUACGCGGAAAUGUGGAUGGGUACCCACGUUUGCGGUGUGUCAGUAGUAAAAGAAACGGGCGAGACGCUGGACCGGGUCCUUAAAAACGAUCUUCCGUACCUGUUCAAGGUGCUGAGUAUCAACAAAGCCCUUAGCAUUCAAGUGCAUCCGAAUAAAUGCGAAGCCGAGCGCCUGCACCAGGAACGACCGGAGAUCUACAAAGAUCCAAACCACAAGCCAGAGUUGGCGAUUGCUUUAACCCCAUUUAAAGCUUUGUGUGGAUUUAUGCCGGCGGCGGACAUCAGGGACUACAUCGACGAGUUCCAGCCCCUCAGUCAGCUUUUGGGCAAGGAGGCGGUGGAUCAGUUGCACGAGUCUCCGAAUGCCGAAACCGUAAAGGUGUGCUACGAGCAGCUGAUGAAGAGUGACGAAUCGGAGAUUUCCAAGUGCAUCGAGGAUAUAGCCAACAACUAUCAAAAAGAACUUAAAUUCAAUGAGCUUCUUGACGUGUUUAACAGCGUCAACAAAGACUUCCCUGGUGAUGUCGGUGUACUCUCACUUUUUUUCCUAAAUCUGAUCCACCUACAGCCCGGUGAGGCUAUUUACUUGGGUGCUAACGAGAUUCACGCCUAUCUGGGCGGCGACUGCAUUGAGUGCAUGGCAUGCUCCGACAAUGUGAUCCGUGCGGGUUUGACUCCCAAGUACAAGGAUGUUGAACAGCUGCUACAGUCUGUUAAUUUUGCUGGAGUGCAUCCAGAUCUUAAGAAGUUCCAGCCACUUCGUGUGGACGAGCAGGUUCAGGUGUACAUUCCACCAGUGCCGGACUUUGCGGUGAUUUCCCUAAAAAUCCAACACAGCCUGAAAACGUACAAGCUGCAAAUCCAGCCGUACGGAUCUAUCCUGAUUGUCUUGAACGGAUCUCGCACUUUGCGGCUAAAAACUCAAGCAGGCGCCAAGGAUAUUGUGGUCUCGCGUGGCAGCAUUGUGUACAUUCCUGUGGAAUCAGCACCGGAAGUUGAGUUCGCAAAAGCCGAAGAUUGCGACGAGGACUUUACCGGAUACAUAGCUUCCUUCAACUACUUUCGGGUAGCUUAAAAUUCUCAGUCAACAACAAUUUUUUGGUUAGUGCAAUAAAUGUAAAAAUGCGA